CUGUAUAACUGCUCUGCGAUACAAGUCUUGAUACGGGGGCGGAGGGUUUUUAAAAAAAACAGCCCCACUUUUAAAAAAUAGAGGAGCAACUAUGUUUCACUGCCUUUUCUGUCUGUCAAAAUUGUCCCUCAACCGACGAACACUCUGCCUCCAGCAUCGAGAGCGGAACGUCUUGGUACACAAGCCACAGAACCCACUCGGGCUGUUUUUGUAGAGCGGCCGGAAGUCUGAUUUUUCCCUCGCACUCCUCUAUGGUCGUCCGGUCCAACCUCAGCGUCGUCCUCUUUUCGACGGAAGUUGCUGUUCAGUCUUUGCUGGGGCUGUUGGGGCCUCGCUGGAUGCGACAAAAGGUGCGAGUAAGAUUGUGGCGCCUCCCCUCCCCCCCCGAUUUCUGGUAGGAAGUGUAACUGAGUGAGCAGUAGAGAUGUCAGAAAUGCAGAUCGAUCAAGACCUGGCCAAGCGGCUCUUUUUUGAGGGUGGCACAGUUAUCAUUUUGGAUGUGCCAGAAGGAACAGAGUUUGGCAUUGACUACAACACUUGGCAAGUGGGCCCCAAGUUUCGUGGAGUCAAGAUGAUACCCCCAGGUAUUCAUUUUCUUCACUACAGCUCUGUUGAUAAGAACAAUAGCAAAGAGAGUGGGCCCCGCACUGGCUUCUUCUUGAACUUGCAACAACGAGAUCUGCGAGUGCUACACUGGGACCCAGUCAAAGAAGAAGUGGACCUCACCCCAGCAUCUGAAAACGAGACUGAAGCAAUGAGGAGCAAUCUCCAGGAGAUGGACAAAUUUCUUGGUCCUUACCCAUAUGACACUCUUAAAAAAUGGAUUUCCCUCACUAAUUUCAUUAAUGAAUUUGUGGUGCAAAAACUGCAGCCAGAAAGCCGACAGAUUUGUGCCUUUGCAGAAGUGCUUCCUGUUUUGGCUGGGAAAUAUACUAAAGAUCGGGUUGAACAGAACCUGCCUCGGUAUGACACAGAGUGCAAAAGCUAUGCAGAGGGGUUGGCCCGGCUGCCCAAGAUGCAGCUGAAAGCUGGCACUGAAAUCAGGUUCACAGAAAUACCUAAGCAAAUGUACCCUCAAGGUGCUACACCUGAAGAAGUUACUAGGCAUAGCAUGGAUCUUAGCUAUGCCCUGGAGACAGUGAUCAAUAAGCAGUAUGCCAGCAAUUCCCAGGACGUGCUUGGAGAGUUGCAGUUUGCCUUCGUCUGCUUUCUGAUUGGGAAUGUGUAUGACGCAUUUGAGCACUGGAAGAAACUCCUGGAUCUCCUAUGCAGGUCAGAGGAUGCCAUAAUGAAGUAUCAGACUCUGUUUAGUAACCUCAUUUCUGUCCUAUACCAUCAGCUCAGUGAAAUUCCAGCUGACUUCUUUGUGGACAUCGUCUCCCAAGACAACUUUUUAACGAACACCUUACAGGUGUUUUUCUCCUAUACCUGCAGCCGAGCUGUUGACAGGACCCUGAGGAAGAAGGCAGAGAGAUUUAAAGUUCACCUAACUAAGAAAUUCAAGUGGGACUUUGAGGCUGAGCCAGAGGACUGUGCCCCAGUAGUAGUUGAGCUUCCAGGAGGCGCAUUUGUGAACUGAAUGAUAAUUUCCUUCUUCCUAUUUUGUUUUUAGUGUUGUAUUUUGUAUUAUUGUAUCGUACAUGUUUCUGUAUUCUACACUUCCAGUUUAUGCUCCCUUUAUGGAGGCAGAACUGAAAAAUCCAGAAAGACUGCCAACUUCCUUCCUGUUGGAAAUAAACAUUUUGGAAAAGGUGGACUAGAUUUAUACAUCUAGAUUGUA